AUGCGUUUCUCUGCUGUCGCUGCCGCGCUUUGCGUCCCCUCCGUUCUUUCUUUCCCCUGGUUGGCCCCGGAGGGAUUGGAUGCCCUGUUGAACCACCCGGAAGCGCGUGCAGAGAUUGACCGACGCUUGAAAGAGCACCAAGUUAGCCAAGAAGAGAAGGACCAUGAGCCUCAUCAGCUCAAGACUGGCGUCGUAGGUGGCGUCGUGUCCUUGCUUGGAGGCACCGUCGAAGCCGUCGUCGAUAAUGUCUUGGGUCUGAUUCCUACCAACAAGGCCGUCAAGGGCCUGCAGAAGUUCCCUGAAGCCUCUCACCCUUUCAAGGCGCCUGGCAAAACUGACCAGCGAGGCCCUUGCCCUGGUCUUAACACCUUGGCCAACCAUGGAUAUAUCCCCCGAAACGGUAUCGCUACGAUCGGCCAGAUCCAAGCUGGCACUGCAAAGCUCUUCAACAUGGGCGCAGAUCUUUCCGCUCUCCUUGCUGUCGGUGGCGCUGUCGUCGGUGGCGAUAUUCUGUCCCAGAAGAUGAGCAUCGGAGGCCCUGAUAACCGUGUCGGGCUCCUGAAUGGCGCUCUGAACAAGAUAUUUGGCAAGCCAUCUGGUAUCGCUGGACAUGGAAAGUUCAACGAAGGCGACGCGUCUGCUACACGCGAAGACUUCUACCUCAACGGAGACAACAUUUCAUUCAAGUCAGGACUUUUCAAGCAGAUGCACCAGCAGGCUCUCGCUAAGGGCGAUGGCACUUACAAUGUCGGUGCGAUCAAGGAACACUUCAAGAACAGAUACAGAGACUCCAAGGCCGCCAACAAGCAGUUUUACUUCAACGUCCCGAGUGCCGCAGUUGUUAUGGGCGCAUACUAUUUCAUCCCUGGCUUCUUCUCAAACGGCACCAUUGGCGCGGGCGGUAUUGCCAAUGAAGCUUCAAUCACUUCUUUCUACGGCGCCAAGCCAAAGCGCAAGAACGCUUGGAAGGAUAAAGAUCUUGAAUACACUCAUGUUCCUGAGCGCAUUCCUGAGCAUGGCUGGUACCGACGUGCUACACCCAUGACUAUCCCUGAGGCCGUUGGCGGCAUUCUUGAUGUGUAUCUCUACGCUCAGCCAGCCUUGGGAGGAUCUGGUGCGGACGGUAGCUGGGUUGUUGGUCCGCUGGACUUGCCCACUGAUCCUCAAGGUUUGAGCUGCUUCCUGUACAAUGCAAUCUUCGCCAACUUCCCUUCUGAGCUCUUCAACUCCGUGAAGCUUUUGCAGUCGAUUCUCAAUGGUGUCUCGGAUGCUCUUGUUCCUGGGUACAAGGCUCUCGGCUGCAAAGUCGAUUUCCCCGAUGCCAAGGGAUCUUCGGCGAGUAAGAAGUUCGCCGCGUACGAGAAGAAGUAUGUUGGCCCUGCCAAGACAAAGGCUAUAGGCAGUGGAUGGCAGUACCGUAGCUCACUACGGCCAGAAGAAGAGCAGAUAUUAGACCGACUCAAAGACAGCGAGCAACACUGCCAGGCCCAGUCCGACUUUAUAAACCUCCUGCGCUCGUUACCCAUCGACCAAGCCGCUGAUGUGCUACAGCGGCUUCGAGACAACCCCGAUUCACUUCCUGUCUUGUCGUCCAUACGAGGCAACAGCAGCACUAACUUAACCUUUCAGCCUUCGAAUCUCCGAAAUGCUCGGGCAAUUGCGCCACCAACUGGAUCAGCCACUGAAUUUGAGCUCAACGCGCAGUUCAGUAUGGCAUACCCCAGGAUACCCCCGGUAGAUCUGCAAAGUUUGAGAGCUUUGCUCAGACAGCACAGCGAUAAUCAGGUGAAGUCUGCGGGGAACGAUAUCACUCUGAAUUUGUCAUACGGGGCUCAGAACCCUGGUGAAACCCAAAGCUUGAUGCUAGCCUCGCUUGGGGGGUAUUGCGACAGUCGUCUCGAGAAGCUCCAGAUCAAUUACUGGACAAAGGUCCCGGUGUCAAAUGAAGUUGCUGCAGAAUUGAUAUCAUUUUAUAUCACAAACGAUCACAAGAUUCUCGGCUUCUUCGAUGUUGACCUGUUCCUCGAUGAUCUUGUGCAGUGCCGCCAGAGAUUCUGUUCUCCUUUUUUGGCUGAAAAGCAAGGGUACCCUGCGAUUAAUCCGGGGACGAAUGAAAUUCGUAACGCUGCCUUCCAGGAGGCUGAAAUGCUCUGGCAGGGAGAGCGAUCUGAUCCAUCGUUCAUCUCUUUAGCUGCUAUGGGCGUUUUCAGCGCGGCCUGCAUUUUUGAAGGAAAAGAUGCCAUAGGCCAGGAGUGUACGCAAUCGCUUCGCCAUGAAGAAGAACGUCUCGGGCUCUGUGGUGGUCAAGUUGAUGGUCUACUGACGCUGAAUGCCGUCAAUCCAGAUACACCCGAAUGGGUGAGGGCAACCUCGCAAAUUGCUUGGGGAGUCUACAACUGGCUGACCAUAUCCGCUUCCCUCCAACCCUGCCCAUUCCAGAAGGAGAUCUAUAUAUGUUCAGGGUCUGAUUUUCUUGGAAAGAUGUUCCCGAAUGCUUGUCGACUAUGGGUGCUUGCUCAAGAGGUCCUGGGAGUUUAUAGCUUCGCCAAGUCGCCAAUCUCGGAGCGCGUGCCACUAGCCUUUGCGGAAGGCAAGUAUCAGAAACUGCUAGUAUGGGCUGGCACUCUGGACAGUCAUAUGAAGCGAGUAGACGGCUGCCCACCUGAGGUGAUGGUAUUUCAUAUCCUAUUCCAUGUUGUUACCACCAUGAUAUUUCGGCCUUUCAUUGCAAUGCCCCGCUCAACGCGGCUCAUGUCUUUGACCUCCCCGGAUAGUCAUCCAAAAGCAGUAUACGCAGCUUCAGUGAGCCAGCUGAAAGAUCUUGUGUUCUGCUUCUGUGCCAAGUAUCCACAAGCUGCGUUCACGACAUUCUUCAACACCGGACUGUUCACGCUCAGUUUGGCACUUUUAGAAGACUUACAGGACCAACUGUGGCGGUAUUACUUCUACCUGUGCGUUCGCUGCUGGCAAGACCUGUGCUUUUGUUACCCGGUUUUCCGCGAUGUUGCGAAAGCGUUCUUAUCCAUGGCGAUGCAGAAGGAUGCCAUUGCCACGGGGGAGGCUCAGAACCUUCUGCAGGGAAUUGAUCAGACUGGGGAACAUCACACUACAGCCGAAGAGGCUUUCACGAGUUUCAUCUUUGGCCCUGUCUCUGACAUGGUCGCUGAAGCACAGGUUCAUGCAAUGGCUGACAAAUUCGAAGAGAUGGUCGUGUUUGAUGAGUUGAUCGAUAAAAACACGACUAGCUAG